AUGGCCGACUCCGACAUGAGGCAGAGGAAGAACGAUGACAUCUUCAUCGACGGCGCCGAGACGCGCUCGGAUGAGUCGCCCGUCAAUAAUGGCGGCGGCGGCGGCGACGUCGAGGCGGCUACGGGGCUCAAGCGCGCGCUCAAGUCGAGGCAUCUGCAGAUGAUUGCCAUCGGAGGCAUCAUCGGGCCCGGUCUGCUCGUCGGUUCUGGAAAUGCUCUGCGUCUCGCGGGCCCCGGUGGCAUUCUCAUCAGUUUCUCGCUCGUCGGAAUCAUCGUCUUUUUCGUUAUGCAAUCCCUUGGAGAAUUGGCUACGCUGAUUCCUGUUACCGGCUCUUUCACCGAUUACGCUGGCCGCUUCAUCGAUCCUGCGCUUGCUUUUGCCCUGGGCUGGGCGUACUGGUACUUGUGGGUCACGGUUCUGGCGAACGAGUACAAUGCCAUCUCUCUUGUGGUCAUGUACUGGACCGACGUGGUGCCGCAGUGGGCAUGGAUACUGAUCUUCUGGGCUCUCUUCAUCUCGUUGAGCAUGCUGGGAGUGCUGGCGUACGGCGAAGUCGAGUACUGGCUGUCCUUGAUCAAAGUCAUCUCCAUCUCCAUCUUCUUCAUCCUCGCCAUCUGCAUCUCCUCGGGCGGCAUCGGCCCGCAGAAGAUCGGCUUCAAGUACUGGGAAGACCCAGGCGCCUUCGCCGACGGCAUCAACGGCGUCGCCCGCACCUUCGUCAUCGCCGGCACCCUGUACGCCGGCACGGAAAUGGUCGGCAUCACAGCCGGCGAGUCGUCCAACCCGCGCAAGGCGGUGCCGCGCGCCAUCUCGCAAGUCUUCUGGCGCAUCCUCAUCUUCUACAUCGGCAUGAUGUUCUUCAUCGGCAUCCUGAUCCCAUGGACGGACGCGCGCCUCAUCGGCAAGGGGUCCAAAACCGCGUCGUCGCCGCUCACCAUCUCGCUCGCCGACGCCGACAUCGCGCCCGCCGCGCACCUCAUCAACGGGCUCAUCGUCGUCUCCGUCAUCUCCGCCGGCAACUCGGCCCUCUACGUCGCGUCGCGCACCAUCAUCCACCUGGCCCAGUCCGGCAUGGCGCCCCGCUGGAUGGGCCGCACCAACGCGGCGGGCGUGCCGUGGGCCGCGCUGCUGGCGUCGAACGCGUGCGCGUGCAUCGCGUUCUUGUCGCAGUCGUCGAAUGCGGGCGUGCUGUAUGAGGCGCUGAUCACGCUGUCCGGCGUGGCGACGUUCAUCGUGUGGGCGGUCAUCGAGUGGGUGCACAUCCGGUUCCGGCAGGCGAUGGUGGCGCAGGGGCAGAGCGUCGAGGAGCUGCCGUUUAAAGCGCUGUGGUAUCCGUAUGGCACGUAUGCCUGUCUUGCGGCGAAUGUGUUUUUGAUCUUCUUCCAAGGCUACACGGCUUUCCUGAACCCGUUCAGUGCGCAGGACUUUGUUAUCAACUACAUCCUGAUACCCGUCUUCAUCCUGCUUGCCGUCGUGUACAAGUUCUGGAAGAAGACGGAGUUUGUCAAGCUGGAGGAGAUGGACAUCUACACCGGCCGUCGCGAGGAUUUGGGACCGGCCGGGACGGAGGUCGAGGAGGUGAAGAAGCGGUCGCUCUGGUAUCGGGUGAGGAACUUGGUCGUAGGGUGA